AUGGCGCCUCGCGUGCCCUCCUCCCUCCUCCUCGUCGGCGCCGCGCUGCUCCUGGGCCUGGCGGCCGGCGCGGCGCGGGCGUCCAACGAGGAGGGGGACGCGCUGUACGCGCUGCGGAUGCGGCUGUCGGACCCCAACGGCGUGCUCCAGAGCUGGGAUCCCACCCUCGUCAACCCCUGCACCUGGUUCCACGUCACCUGCGACACCGCCAGCCGCGUCGUGCGCCUGGAUUUAGGCAACUCCAACGUCUCCGGCUCCAUCGGCCCCGAGCUCAGCCGCCUUGUGAAUCUUCAGUACCUGGAGCUGUACAGGAACAACCUCAACGGCGAGAUCCCAAAAGAGUUGGGCAAGCUGAAGAAUUUGAUCAGCUUGGAUCUGUAUGCCAAUAAGCUCACCGGAAGAAUCCCCAAGUCGCUUUCCAAGCUCAGCUCGCUGAGAUUCAUUCUUAAUUCAUAUGGGAACAAUUUUCCCCAAGCGAAUACUAAAUUGAUAUCUUACAGGCGUUUGAACAACAACAAACUUGCUGGAUCAAUUCCACGGGAGCUGGCCAAACUCUCCAACCUUAAAGUCAUUGAUUUGUCUAACAAUGACUUAUGUGGGACGAUCCCUGUCGAUGGUCCAUUCUCAAGCUUCCCUCUUAGAAGCUUCGAGAACAACAGCAGACUGAACGGCCCGGAGCUGCAAGGAUUGGUUUCCUAUGACUUUGGAUGCUAG